AUGGUGUAUUCUGGUGCAUCAAGCUGCAACAAAACAAAAUCUGCUCAUGGGGUUGCAAUUUAUCUGGACAAACAAGCCACUAAUGGUUGGAAGGACUCGGGAUUAGUGUGGGAGGCUGUAAAUGAAAGAAUAAUAAUGAUUCGUUUAGAAUGCAAACCCAUUCACGCCACAAUAAUUGCAGUAUAUUCUCCAAUAAACUCAAAUGGAAACAAGCAGGCAAUCGAAGAAGUUGAUGCAUUUUACUUAAAAUUACAACAAACAGUGGAUAAAGUUCCUAGAGGUGAUAUGCUUCUGAUUAUGGGCGACUUUAAUGCAAGGGUUGGCAAGCAGCAAAACCAAACCACUAAAAAUGUCAUCGGACCUCACACUGUGGAUAAAAUAAAUGAAAAUGGGCAGCAUCUGAUAGAUUUCUGUUCUCAUAAUGAUAUAAUCGUGGCCAACACUUUUUACCAGCAUAAAACAGUACAUCAAAUGACAUGGAAGCAUCCAGGAAACAAAAGAUGGCAUAUGCUGGAUUAUACACUAGUUAACAAGAAAUUUCGUUCAAGUGUAGAGGAUGUCAGAGUGUACAGAAAUGCAGCUGGAGCUAUUGGUACCGAUCAUCAUCUUGUAAAAGCAAAGCUACGGCUUCACCUAAGAUGUAGGAAGAAAGCUGAAAAACCACAGUGCCUGCGAUUGGACAUGAAUAAAAUAAAAAAUGAUAAUUUACAGAAGAAAUUUCAAGAACAACUCUUGAACAAAUUGGAAGGUAUUGGUGCACAAAAGAAAACAGUAAAUGAAAAAUAUGAUGAAUUUGUUGAUUACGUAAAGAAUCUAGGUGGUACAAUAUUUAAGCAAGAACAAAAUACGCCAAGAAAAGCAAAAGAAUGGUUGACAGAUGAAAUUCUGAAUCUUGUAAAUGAAAAAGCAGUUGCCUUUGUCGAAUGGCAAAACCAUCGACAAACAAGGACGGAACGAAAAUAUCGAGUUAAAUACUGUCUACUAAGAAAAUUAGUAAACAGAAAAAUACAUGCUCGAAGACUCGAGUAUUGGGAUGAAGUGAGUGAAGAAAUAGAAAAGGCGAUUAAGCAACAUGAUUCAAGUACAGCAUACAGAGUGAUAAGACAACUGAAAGGUGGAAGACCCAAUGUAGACAAUAUGCCAAUACAAAGCAAACAAGGUGAUCUUCUUUCAAACUCAAACGAUGUAACGUUGCGGUGGCGAGAAUACUUCUGUGACUUAUUAAAUGUUCACUCCGUUAUUGAUCCACACAUUGUUCAACAAAUCUCGGUACCUAUUAUUUCAACAACAGAACAAAUGCGACAAGACAAACCACCAUCUCUGUCUGAAGUUCAUGAUGCUAUCAAGCAAAUGACGAACAGGAAAGCCCCCGGCAUUGACAAUAUAUCAGCAGACCUGCUCAAGGCUGGUGGCAUACCAAUGGCCAAAUGGGUACAUGAAAUAUUAUGUGAUGUUUGGAACGAUGAAGAAGUUGUAGAAGAUUGGACAACCGCCAUUCUAAUUCGGUUNGCUGUAUGGUAG